AUGGCUUCUUCUCUCCGCAUUGGUACUUCCGCUCUGCGGACCGCUAUCGCAAAGCCCAUCCAGUCUGCCACCUUGAACGGCGCGCGCUGCUACUCCGCUAAGGCCAAGUCCCUCAAGGAGACUUUCGCCGACAACCUCCCCGCUGAGAUCGAGAAGGUCAAGAAGCUCCGCAAGGACUAUGGCAACAAGGUGAUCGGCGAGGUCACUCUUGACCAGGCCUACGGUGGUGCCCGUGGCAUCAAGUCCCUUGUCUGGGAGGGCUCCGUCCUCGACUCUGAGGAGGGUAUUCGCUUCCGUGGCCGUACCAUCCCCGAGAUCCAGGAACUCCUUCCCAAGGCCCCCGGUGGCCAGGAGCCCCUCCCCGAGGGUCUCUUUUGGCUGCUGCUGACCGGCGAGAUCCCCUCCGAGCAGCAGGUUCGUGACCUGUCUGCUGAGUGGGCGGCUCGCUCCGACGUCCCCAAGUUCAUUGAGGAGCUUAUCGACCGCUGCCCCAGCACCCUCCACCCCAUGGCUCAGUUCUCCCUGGCCGUGACUGCUCUGGAGCACGAGUCCGCUUUCGCCAAGGCCUACGCCAAGGGUAUCAACAAGAAGGAGUACUGGAACUACACUUUCGAGGACUCCAUGGACGUUAUCGCCAAGCUGCCCACCAUUGCCGCUAAGAUCUACCGCAAUGUCUUCAAGGACGGCAAGGUCGCUCCCAUCCAGAAGGACAAGGAUUACUCCUUCAACUUGGCCAACCAGCUCGGCUUCGGCGGCAACAAGGACUUUGUUGAGCUGAUGCGUCUGUACCUGACUAUCCACUCCGACCACGAGGGUGGCAACGUCUCCGCCCACACCACCCACCUGGUUGGCAGUGCUCUGAGCUCCCCCAUGCUCUCCCUCUCCGCCGGUCUCCAGGGUCUGGCCGGUCCCCUGCACGGUCUGGCCAACCAGGAGGUUCUGAACUGGCUCACCGAGAUGAAGAAGGCCGUCGGCAAUGACCUCAGCGACCAGUCCAUCAAGGACUACCUCUGGUCCACCCUGAACUCCGGCCGUGUCGUUCCCGGUUACGGCCACGCCGUCCUCCGCAAGACCGACCCCCGCUACGUGUCCCAGCGUGAGUUCGCUCUGCGCAUGCUGCCCGACGACCCCAUGUUCCAGCUGGUCAGCCAGGUCUACAAGAUCGCCCCCGGUGUCCUCACUGAGCACGGCAAGACCAAGAACCCCUACCCCAACGUCGAUGCCCACUCUGGUGUCCUCCUCCAAUACUACGGUCUGACCGAGGCCAACUACUACACCGUCCUGUUCGGUGUUUCCCGUGCCCUUGGUGUCCUGCCCCAGCUGAUCAUCGACCGUGCCCUCGGCAUGCCCAUUGAGCGCCCCAAGUCCUUCUCCACCGAGGCCUACGCCAAGCUGGUCGGUGCCAAGCUGUAA